AUGGCAGUCCGGAUAGUUGGCGCACGCCUUCUCUCUACGGCGGCUAAGGACCACGUCACGCGGGAAGGCGCCACAGGAAAAAGAGCUCAAGAUGACUCUACUUGCCGGCAGACAGACUUUGCCUUCUCAUCUGCGUCAACUGUGAGCCCAAGUGAGGUUCGGCACUUCGACGACUUGAGUGGUGAAUGGUGGGACCUUAAUGGCCUGUUCGCUGCUCUGCACGACUACAAUCCACACAGGGUGGGCUUCAUCAAAGAUAAUCUUCAGAAGAUCUGCCUUUUUCAAGAAAUUCUGCGUCAUCGAGGGGUGCAGAAUGGAGAGAAAGAAGCCGCUUCUGCGCCACAAGCGAAGGACACUCAUGGAGUGUUGAAGGGAAUCAGAAUCCUUGAUGUCGGCUGUGGUGGAGGCAUCUUGGCUGAGGUCAUGGCGAGGGAAGGCGCUUUUGUUACAGGGGUUGAUGCUUCACCAGACGCUGUCCGCGUUGCGGAAUCCAGACGCACGAAAGGCCCCUACGCCGCGGAUGUCAGAGACAGGCAGCGGUACUUCCACGGUUCCCUCGAGGAGUUUUGCAGUGGCUCUGCAGCACAGGCGCCCACGAGCCUCCCCGACAGCCGCUUUCCCAACCCGCCGCGAAGCCUCUUUGACGUCGUCGUCUGCUCUGAGAUGCUUGAGCAUGUUGAGGGUGGUUUGACUGGCGUUGAGAACGUUAUUGCAACUGCGGCGCGAAAGGCGCUCGCUCCUGGAGGCAUGUUCGUUCUGUCGACUCUGAACAGGACGCCAGAGAAUUACCUAGCCUCCAUCGUUACAGCGGAGCACAUCUGCGGCCUUGUUCCAAAGGGGACACAUGACUGGCAGAAAUUUCUAAAACCUGAGGAGCUACAGGAGAUUGGGGAAAGACACGGCCUGCGGCUGCUGGAGCAGCGCGGCUUCUUUUAUUUUCCGGUGCUUCGGGCAUUUGUGCGGGAGCCGUUGUGCAGGUUCAUGUUUGCAAUGGCAUUCGAGAAAAUCUGA